GAUAAGGCUAUGCAUCACGGAGCACGGACUCAGCCAUUCUAGUAAGAUGCCGUGCUUGAUAGGCACCAUCUGAUAGGUGACAUCUUUCAUCAAUUUCAUUCCCAACGGUUCCCUUGUCUAUGUACUUGUUCCCCUUUCUAUUUACGUCGUCUGUCCCGCCUCAUUUCAGUUCAGACUGACCACCCGUGUACGAGACCGACUCAGCUGUCAACAAUGGCUGUUCCCGCCGCUGUCAUACCCAACGAACAUUCGCAGGAAAUUAUCAUUUAGUUACGCCUGGUAACGCAAUCAUGGUAUCUCCGGCCAGCGUCCAGACAUGCACGCAGACAAGCCUGAGCACACGAACCCCUCUGAAUCAUUUCAAUGCACUCACGACUGCAUGCAUCCUUCUCGAACAUAUACAGACUCUCGAGCGACUCCGUGACGAGACACAACACCGCGUGGAAUCUAAAAGACAGACGCUGCACUUUCUGGAGGCGAUCACUCCGAAACGGAAGCUUCGAGAUGCUUUGUCGGAAUCUAUCGUCACACAACAACAGAUGCAGAACACACCCACCUCCACACGUAGUUAUCACCCGUCACCUCGCCUUCGCGGGCUAUACGACGUUCAUGGUCCCGGAUGUGCAAACAAGGACUCUCUCCAGACUACGGCUGACUUCUCCCCGUUGAGUCUCGUUAAUCUUUCGAUCUACGGGAGGGAUCAUGAAGUAGUCUGGGAAGAUGACGAUGAAGAAGCUUUGCUAUGUCCAUCGGCCGAUGAAGCUGUUGAGGAUUAUGCGGGAAGCGGAGACAGCUCCAAAGAAUCCUGUGACCAGCUCACCUGUCUUGUCUCUCCUUUCCACCUUGUUUCUUCCGAGUCCAGGAUCACCUUUGAAGUCAAAGAACCUGAUCGGGUUUCUGCACCAACCAGUCAAGCGUCGCACAGGUACCGAUCCAUCGCCCACGGCAAGAAGUCCCCAUCAGGCGUGAAGGGCAAAGGGGUCGUACGUCGUGGAUCUUCUAAACGCAAUAACGUUGGUCAAUCCAGUGCAAAGAGGGCUUUGCGCAAGAUUUUACAUCAUAAGAAACCAGGCGUGGACGCCAUGCGAUUUCAUGAGUAGAUACUCGGCGCUUUCUUAUUCUCCUUGCGUAUCAUUGGCGUAUCAUAUUAUAUGCUUGUUUGCAUAAUCGAUGGAGUCCCGGACCCGAAGAUCCACAAGCACGCCUUC